GCCACGCCCCCUGCUCGGGCCCCGCCCCCGAUGCCUUGGCAGCCGCUGUGGCGGGAAGGAGGCGCGGAACCGCGACCCGCUUCCCGUAAACGGCACCGCCGCGGCGGGAACGGAGCGCGCCCUUGUGUCCCGGGAGUGACCCCAUUUCCCUGUGGGAUUUUCUGCCCCGAUGGCGAGGGACGAGCGGGCGACACUGCUGGAGGUGUACCAGGCACUCACGGAAGAGCAAUUCCAGAGCCUGAAGUUCCUGCUGGAAGGGCAAAUUCCAUCCAGGCCUGUGCUCCCGGCAUCACGCCCCGAUUUGUGCCGGAUCCUCCUCCAGCGCUUCCCGGGGGAUUCCCUGCGUGUGACCGCCGGGGUCCUGCGGCAGAUCGGCCGCCUCGACCUCAUCCAGCGCUUCCAGCUGCCCCUGGAAGAGCAAAUCCCUGAGGAAACUCCCGGGGAACCUAACGGGGACAUGCCCAGGGUGAGGGGGGACCUCACCCCAGGACAUCAUCCUGGAGGGAUUCCAGCUCCACCCGGGAAUCCCCGACGCUUGACGGAGAAAGAUUUGAUGCAAGUCGCCCAAAAAUUAGGAAAAGAGUGGCAGGAGGUGGGAAUUCUGCAUCUAGGGCUAGAGCGGAUCCGGCUGGAGCAGAUCCAGGAGGAAAAUCCCGGCAAUCCCAUCCUGUGGAAUUUCGAGAUGCUGCGGGAGUGGCAGCGGCGGGAGCGACAUGAAGCCACAGUGCCCCGGCUCCUAGCCCGCCUUGAGGAGGCACGGGUCAAUCUUGAAAUCCUCGACUUCCUCCGGGGCCUCCUGGGGAAUUGAGAGACCCCCAGACUCCAUUUCUGGGGGAGGGAGUGUGAUAUCAAAUUAAUAUAGAAUUGGGACCAUCAAAUGCUGUUUUAUUCCAUGAGUGUGGAGUUUUGGGAUCAAGCGCUGAGAACAUCCAUCUUUACUCCUGAUUUAAAGAUCCCAGAAGAACUCUAGGCUCUGCUUCACUUCCUCAGGGAUGGAUGCAGCAGGUUUUGCAGUACUCUCCCAAGAGUUUUUCAGGUACUGACAGAUCCUCUUCCAUACAAAUUCCAACCUCUGGAGCUUCAAGAAGUCAUGGGAACGUCAGGAGAGUCACAAGGCCACUACAUCCUGAUCCCGGAAUCCACAACCUCCUCCACAGCUUCCAGGAGAAUUAAGGGAUACCCUACACCCCAAACUCCAUAUUGAGGGUGGGGUUAUAUCAAAUUAUAAUACCAAAUUAUAUCAGAUCAGGACCAUUAAAUGCUGUUUUAUUCCAUAA